UUUCAUGUACUAUGAAAACGUCAAAAAUAAAAUUACUCUUUUCGGUGGAAUUUAUUUCUUCUUAACUCGGGUGUUCUGGUUUUUUAGCUUUUUUCGAUUCGAAAAAACCCAAAAUGUUGAAAUAAAGUGCAACAACCGAAAAGUUUAAUUUCCAAAGCAAACUAAUUCAAAGUAUUUCCAGUGUUCGCAAUUCAAAUACUUGGCGAGGCCGCAUCCAAAGUUUUUCUCAAAUUCUCGGAUAUCAGUUUUCUACUUUUCAGUUUUCGCAUAUAAAUACAAAAAUACAACACGCCUGGUCCUUUUUUCUUUUCUCUUCGUUCGAUAAAAUGGGAAAAUCUAUUUGAUAGUUUUUUGUUUUUAAAUUUAUUUAUUUAUUUAUUUUAUUUGUUGUUAAUUUUGUAUUAGUAAUAAAUUAAUUGUUGCAAGUGUUUUUGAAGUGAGGAGGAGUGAGCGCCUCGCUUAAUUGUAUAAAUUAUCGCCAAAGAAUCAUGAAUUUCGCAUGGAAUUAUCUAUUUGUUUUGAUUUGGAUUGCUUAUCUCAUUGGAUCGGGUGUCUUCCUGUUUUCGCGGGGAUUCUUAUUGUCAAGAGUUUCUAAAACAGAUGUCAGUACGUGUAGGCGGCUCUCCAAUAAUCCGGAAGAGGAAUAUUAUUUAAGUGAAGAAAUCGUCCAGGAAAUCUUCAAAGAUGUAAACGCCUCAUCGAAUCUAUGUCUUCCAGCUAAAUCAAAAGUUAUUAUUCUACUCAUUGAUGCCUUAAAGUAUGAGUUCGGCGUAUUCAAGCCAAACUUAUCCGACCCACUACCAUAUGAGAAUAAGUUAACAAUUAUCAAUGAUCUCCUAACAACUGACCCAGAACGCAGUCGUAUAUUGCGCUUCCAUGCCGAUCCACCAACAACAACCCUACAACGACUCAAAGGUCUAACAACUGGCAGCCUUCCAACAUUUAUCGAUAUAGGUUCAAAUUUUGCAUCGCCAGAAAUCAAUGAAGACAAUAUUAUCGAUCAAAUGAUACACAAUAAUCUGCCAGUUGUAUUUUUGGGCGAUAGUACGUGGACAGAUUUGUAUCCAAAACGAUUUAUGCGUUCGUAUUCGUAUCCAAGUUUUGAUAUAUUCGAUUUGGAUACUGUCGAUACGAAGAUUAAGAAAUAUUUGCCAAAUGAAUUGCGCAAGGACGAUUGGGAGGUUUUGAUUGCUCAUUUCCUGGGAGUGGAUCAUUGUGGUCAUAAACAUGGUCCAUUGCAUGACGAGAUGUCAAGAAAAUUGACCGAAAUGGAUGAUGUUAUAAAAUCUGUAAUUGAACAAAUGGAUAAUGAUACAACACUCUUGAUUAUGGGCGAUCAUGGAAUGACUAUUUCUGGCGACCAUGGUGGGGACUCGGAUGACGAAACCAAUGCAUUGCUAUUUGCGUAUACAAAAAGUAAAAAAUUUGUAACAAGUGAUUAUGGAUCAGAUCCCAAUUCUCUUCAACAGAUCGACCUCGUUCCGACGUUAGCCACAAUCCUCGGCAUACCAAUACCCUAUUCAAAUUUGGGUUUAAUCAAUUUUAACAUAGUGCCUGAUGUUGCUGUGCCUUUUAUGUCGAGAUAUCAAGUUCUGUUGCUCCAUGCGUGGCAGAAUGCUCAACAAAUCUACAAAUACUUCUACAAUUACGCUUUGGAAAACAAACGAACAUUCAGUUUCGAUGAAAUGGAUUCGAUGGAGAGUCGAUUUCUCCUGCUAACGCACAGAGUAAAGACCAUAUACACAGAGGUGGCGUUCAAAAAUUUCAUAUUAGAUCUCAAUGCACACUUGCGAGAUAUUUUAAAUGUUUGCCGUGAAAUUUGGGUGAAGUUUGAUGCCACACAAAUGUCUCAGGGACUAUUGAUAACCUUCUUGCCGAUAUUUUUCUCAUUUUUAUUGAUCAACAAUUCGCGGGCCAUAGAUUUUCCCAAAAUCUUCACAUUCAAAGUGGUGUUGUAUGCGUAUCUGUUGAAUAUGGCGUGUGGAGUUUUUGGAUAUCGCUAUUUCAAGAAGUUCUCCUUCAAAACCGAGGAGCAUGGUAUUAUAUUUUUCACCAGCAUUGUGAGCACUCUGAUGUUGGUGUUUUUGACGUUGAAGAAUUGGGGCUCGAUCGCAACGAAUUGGAGUGGCAUGAAGCGUUUCGGGAACAUGACGACUCGCAUCAUAUGUUUCAUCCUCAUUUCGGUGUUUUUCUCGAAUAGUUUCAUCAUUCAGGAACCAAAAAUCAUUUCGUAUCUACUCACUGCCGUGAUUUUGCUGCUGAUCUAUGAGAUUCUGCAGCAAAGUCUGAAAGUAGACUUUAAGACAAAAUUCCGAGUAGGCGUCUUUUUGAGGUCGAUAUCGUUUCGAUUAGUGUUGGCGGCGAUUUUGGCAAUUAUUCUGCUUCGCUCGGCCUAUUCGUUGUUCCGGUGCCGCGAAGAGCAAGGAGAUUGUGGAGACUUUUCCAAUAACUCGGGUGGUUUUACAUUCAAACGACCGGCAAACCCCAAGACCUAUCUGCUGGCGGUUGUGGUGGUUGUCUUGUACACAACUCUAACUAGAUUAUAUUUGCGAUCGUGUGGCAAUUUGACGGGCUCAUCGGUGAAUGUGCUCUUGGCUCGCUAUGGACCAACUGUGGCAUCGAUAUGCGCUGGCGGACAUAUCCUGCUGACUAACAGUGCUAUAAAGAACAUCAAACGGAAUCAUAUUGAUUCGAUGGCUUUGGUGAUCUACGCUUUGUUGUUGUUACAAAUCAUUGUUGUGUCGGUGUCGCCGUUGAUGACGUACGUCUUGCCGCCCAGAAGCACCAUGAUCUCGGUGAAGACGCACGAAGGAGUUGUACCGGAGAUCUUUAAGAAAAUGAAACAGCAAUACGAAGGCGUCGAGGAAAGUGAAAAGAACUACGAAAUUCCGGUUGUUUAUGGCCUGGCGACUGUUUACUCCUCGAUUUUGAUAUCAUUCGGAGUUUUCCUGGCUAUGGUAUUGAUUAUCCUCCUGGAGCCAAAAUCAUCAAUUGGACUUGUUAUUUGCAUCGCUGUAGCAGCUGUUAUUUUGGUAGUUCAUUCGAUUCUAAGAUAUCGCACUGCCACUAGUUUUGAAACUUGCAUUCAACCAACAUUUACUGCCAUUGUGGGUUGGUUCCUUUUGGCGAAUUUCUGUUUCUUCGCAACCUCACAUCAGACGACGUUGUCGCAGAUCGAUUGGCGGGCAGCAUUUGUUGGCCGGACUUCGUUUGCUCGCAACUCGAACUUCAUCUCCGGGAUCCUCGUCAUCCUUAAUACAUUCUGCGGGCAGAUAUUCUUCAUGUCCAUGUAUGGAUUACUCAGCUCGGAGACAUUUUCAAUUUUUGCCCUCUUCCCUUCGCUCAUUCGUUCGAAUUGUAAGGAAAAAAUCAAAGAAGGAGAUCCUCGAAUUGCCAACUCAAUUAAAACAAAUAACGAACUCUCCCAGCAAAACGUUGGAUUCGAUAUGACUCGCGGUGAAUUGAUACUCUUUGAAAACGAGAGUGUUUAUUUAGGAACACUCUUCAAACUCGCCACACAGUUUUUUAUGCUUCAAGGAGUUAAGAUAUUCUGUGCGAUGAUGGCGUGUACGAUACAUUGUCGUCAUUUGAUGGUAUGGAAAAUAUUCGCUCCUAGAUUCAUCUAUGAGGGACUCUCAACGUAUGUCUCCUUCCCUGCCAUUAUAAUUGGUUACUUAAUAAUCGUUCGAGUGCAUUGGUCAGUUGAUAGACUUAUAAAUAGGAUAAAUAAAAUCAAAUGAAAGACGUUAAAUUAAUAAUAACAUUGAACAAAAACAAAACAAAAACACUUCUGGUCAAAUUGUAUUGAAAUAUUUUUAUUUAUAUUUGUUUGUUUUUUUUUUUAUAUGUAAUUCUAUUUAUACAAAGAAAAGAAAGAAAAAAACGGCUCCAAAACCAGUAAAACGGUUUCGUCCAAAGACUCAACUUAAAGCAAUAUCAAUAGUUUUAUUUGAUUUUAAAAAGAAAAUAAGAAAACAAAAAUACAUAGUUAAAAUCUUAACUACUUGAAAAUGGUUGUUAACAAAAAAAAAAGAAAAAACAUUUUUUGUUUAAGUUUGUUUUUAUAAUAAUCACACGCAAUAAAUUUAAUUCACAAGUUUGUUUUUAAUUUAUAAGUACA